AUGUUGCAAAACACUCUGGACAAAGGUCAAAAGGCGCCUACAGUUCAGCCCUGUCAUCAUGUUUCUCAGAUUAUUAGUUCUGAAACAUUGAAAACUUGUCAAGCUCCUGUGUCGAUACAACCUCGAAAAAUGUGGAACAAGUUGGAAACUAGACUGAUGUCAAAGCAAGCCACACGACAGGACAAAAAAGUAGCAAUCAAAAGUGAAAGAAAGAAAAGUGCAGAAAAAGAUGUCAGUAAGACACAGAUCGAUUCGGACUCAGAAGAAGUCACCACUUUAAUCGUUCCCAUACGGCUUGAUCACACACAACGAAGUAUAUCUCAAAAAGUGGAUGACAGUGCUGACACAGGUGAAUUCGUUGAUGAACUUUCGGAAGAUCGAGAGCGUAGUGAUAGUGAAUAA